AUGAAGAAAUAUAUUACAAUCGCUGGAGCUGCUCUCCUCGGACACGUUUCCGCCUAAGAAAACCUUGCUGCUGCUGAACUCUCAGUUGAAAGCCCAAACCCACAAGUCAUCUACUAUGGUGGAUAUGUAGAUCCACUCUAUGACACUCAACAUCAACUUAAGGAGCAAGCUUAUCUACAAACAUUGCAAAAGAUAUAUGGAACCUCUGUAUAAUCCCCAUAAGUUCAAGCUGAUAAUGAUGUUGAUCCACUCGCUGAUGUUAUGAGAGAGUCUAAACAAGCUGCAUACCUCAGAAUGCUACAAAACAUUCAAGACGGCCCUGUUCCAGUUGGUCCAAACCCAUUAGGACUUACUGAAUAUCAACUUAGGGAACAAGCCUAUCUUAAGGCAUACUAAAAUAUCUAUGGUCCCUCAGUCUAAUCACCACAAUGGGGAUACUACGAUCCUUUAUAUUAACCUGAGCAUCAACUCAAAGAGCAAGCAUACCUUUAGACCCUGCAAAAAAUCUAUGGAACUAAUGUUCAAGAUCCAAAGGUCCAACAAGAUCCACUAUCCGACGUAGAAAGAGAAAUGAAGUAAGCAACUUAUCUCUCAGGAAUGUAAAACAUUUAUGGACAUUAUGCUAAUGUAUAAUCACCUCAAUGGGGAUAUUAUGAUCCAUUAUAUUAACCUGCACAUCAACUCAAGGAGCAAGCCUACCUUGAGACAAUGCAAAAAAUCUAUGGAACUAAGGUCCAAGAGCCCAAGGUUGAGCAAGUUGAUCCAUUAGCUGAUGCUGAGAGAGAAUUGAAGCAAGCUGCUUAUCUUGCAGCUCUUUAAAACAUCCACGGACAUUACAAUGUCUAAUCUCCAAACGUUGAGAAAGGUAACCCACUUCUUGAUUCAGAGAGAACUAAAAUGAAAAUUUCAGCUUACCCCGGAGAUAUGUAGAACAUCUACGGUCAUUACGCCAAUGUUCAAGCUCGUCACUCUAAACCAAAGCCAGCAAAUCCAUUGUCAUCAGUUGAAGAACAAUUAAAGGAAUAAGCAUAUCUUGAGGCUCUCCAAAAAAUCUAUGGUACAAGUGUCUAAUCAGGAAACCCCUUAUCUGAUGUCGAGAGAGAAAUGAAACAAGCUACUUAUCUUUCUGGUAUGUAAAACAUCUACGGACACUAUCCACUUGUUGAAUCUCAAAAAUCAACAAUUGAUUGGUCGAAAGUUCCCAGAAUUCAUCAUUAAAUCGAGUGCUUAGUUGCUCCAUGCCCACAAGUUGAAUCACCAUAAUACCUUAUCUACGGAGGUGCAUACGAUCCACUUGGCCAACAGAAACAUCAACUCAAGGAGUAAGCUUACCUCGAGACCAUGCAAAAAAUCUACGGAAACAAGGUUCAAGAGCCAAAGGUUGAGGCUCCUUAAGACCCACUCGCUGAUGCUGAGAGAGAAUUGAAGUAAGCUGCCUACCUUGAAGUACUUCAGAAUAUUCACGGUCACUACACUCCACUUGUUCAAGACUAUAAGGAUAGAUCAGAAAUGAGAUCAACCAGAAGACACGGAAAUGACUGGGAUGAUGAAGAAUGA